UCGUCCCAUUUGAAUAUUACCGCGGUGCUGCGUCGUCUCGCAGCAGUGCGUUAAAUCGGCGUUUAAGGGGUUUGUGAGUUCUACAUAAAUUUUAUUCGCAAAUUCUCUUCGGAAGCAACAAAGUGAGCCGGACCCUUCAGUCGAGACCGGUCGAGUAUACACCUUGGUGUCUUAAAUAAAGUAAAAUAAGAGAAAAGAAAACAGUUUCGCGCCAUCAUCAUGGUAUGUUCUAUCGAUGAUAUUGCUGAUGAGCUGCCGCCGGAACAAAUUGCCGUUCUGCGCAAAGCUUUUGACAGCUUCGACAGUGGGAAGAACGGCAGCAUCUCUACUGAAAUGGUGGCUGAUAUCCUUCGGCUAAUGGGACAACCGUUCAACAAGAAAAUCUUGGACGAGCUCAUCGAUGAGGUCGACGCCGAUAAAUCUGGGCGGCUCGAGUUUGAUGAAUUCGUCACGUUGGCGGCGAAGUUUAUCGUUGAGGAAGACGCGGAGGCACUAGAGAAGGAGUUACGAGAAGCCUUUAGGCUUUAUGACAAGGAAGGUAAUGGUUACAUCCCAACAACAUGUUUACGUGAAAUCCUAAGAGAGUUGGACGAUCAAUUGACGAAAGAAGAAUUGGACAUGAUGAUUGAGGAAAUCGACUCUGAUGGUUCUGGUACAGUCGAUUUUGAUGAGUUUAUGGAAAUGAUGACUGGUGAAUAAUUAUCUUGGACGAAUGGUGAACUGCUUUUGGAUCUAAAGACACUCGUGGAAUUCAUGCAAUCAUUAUAUCUUGAAACCAAUUAUUUGCGUAUUUAUGAAGAAUUAUGCGCAUCAAUUUUAUUCAGAUAUUUUCUGUUUCAUGAGUAGUCUCCAAAGCAAAAAAGCCACUAAAAACGUUGCAUCAGUUUAAUUAUUUCCUGUUUUUAUAUAUGCAUCAUAUAUAUAAUAAAACAAUAAAUUUUACUUUCGUAUACUUAUAAAAGGUUUGGAAACUUUUUCAUUGAAAAAUAAGUAUAUAUUUAUUGUUAAUAAAAUAAGAAAAAUUUUA